UUUUUUCUAAAUUUAAAUAAAAGAGACAAACAUUUUUUAAUUUAUAAAUAUUUAGCUGUAAACGAAGUUUGUAUUUUAUGCUGUUUGUGUUUGUAUGCCUAAGUAUUUCUUUCGAUUUAUGAAAUUAUAAAUGAGUUAUUAAGUGUGAAAAUAUAAUAUCUAUUAUAAAGUUUUAUAAGUACAGACCUUUAUUUUUGUAUAUUUCUACUUUUUAAGUGUGUGUGUGUACUUGUCCUUUUACAUUGUUAUCUCACGGACAUAAUGGCGAACUAUUUGUCGUUGAACAGCAGUUCGGUUAGUAAACAUUCGAUCGUUUCGGCAAUCACGUCGGGAUAUGUAUCUGAAAAACAAGGUGUUUAGUAAAAGCGCUGCAUAUCGAAUUCCAAAGACCUUUCAAUUUGGACAGGCGGGAUGCGUUUGUCGGUUCUGCAAGAAGACGUUUUGCUGUACAAAAUGUCGCAAUCGCCACGUGAACCAGAUGCAUCCUAACGUGAAUGUCGAUUGUGCCCUGUGCGCUUCUGAAACAUUGCCAGUGCGACAUUUUGAGUCCGCGAAACUGAAUCUGGAGGAUGAGAAAUUGUUGUGCCACAUAGUGGAGAAACAUUUGCCAUUACGUUGUCGGUUGUGCGGUGAUUUAUUUGAAUCCAGAGAAAACUUCAAGUCCAUCGCUGCGUGCAAGUGGUAUGAACGCUGGCAUUGUUUGAUAUCGCCGAUUGACUACGAACACCUUGACAGAAAGUUGAAGCAGUGUUCUAUAAGUGAGAGUGACUACAACGGCAGCAGAUUUUGCACGCCGCCGGAAAUCUAUCGGAAGACUAGCACGCCGAUGUUUAUUGGCGAAAAGACCGAUUUUGAGACGCCUUGCGUGCCGAAAUUUAACUUGAUAACACCUCAAAACUCGUUAUCGGUCGCACAGAUCGCGUCAAUAUCGAAGACAUCACAAACCAGCGAUACGCAGUUCUUUAGCUUCUCGCUGUACAGUUCAAACGAAGAGACGCCUUUUAGAACCAGCAAGGACGAACAAUUCCUCAGGAGCAAUUCCGGCAGAAAACUGACCAUCAUGGAAGAGCAAGAAAAGACUCCGGAUAAAGAAGCUGAGCGAAUAAUUCCGAACAUACCCAAGAUAAUGUCUCCUGUGGAUAUGGAUUUGACGCAACCUGAGGGCAGCAUCCUGCCGCUUCAAGACUCGUCGCAGUCAAAUGACAUCCGCGAGGACAUCGUGAAAAAGGUGAGAUUUUCCGAUCAGUAUACAACCGCGACGGAAAUCCAGAACUUGAUGGAGUCCUGUAUGCAGACUGUUCUCAACGUGGAGCAGGAAGAGGAGGAGUUUCGUGAUACUCAUGAUAAGUCCAGCGCUCAAAAGGUUACAGCAAAAGACACUGUAAAGGACGCAAAGAAUACUGUAGAUACGAACAUAAAAGACGCGAGAGGCACGAGUACCGUGGAAGAUGACAAGAAGAAUAUAAAUGACAGUCACCGAUCGGAGGAUGAAAAGAGUUCUUUAACACAAACCUCGGAGAAUUUUUUAGAUAACUCGCAAUUCAAGAUUAUUCAAGAUAACACGAAAAAUGUAAAAAAAGAGAAUGGAGAUCCUGAAGAAAACAACGAAGGUCCAGCAUCAACAAAUCAACGAGAUUCCAACAGAGUACUGAUGAUGGUGCUGAUGGAAACCAAUUCAGGUGGAUUGACCACUGAUCUAAUGCCUCUGAUCAGUACAGGCCUGAAGAAGUUGCAGGAACAACUCAUAACGGCAAAUUGUCAAUCAUCUUCAAGUACGACCGAAUCUGCUAAGAUCUGUAGAAGGUCUAUUACGACGAUGAAAAUGAGCGUCUCGAGUGUCGAGAGCUAUUCUACGAACAGCGCCGAGACGAUAGCGAAUUACGAACAGCUUCCGUCGUCGUCAUCUUCAUCAUCCAUCGUGCGGAACAACGAAAGCAGUAACAGCGGAUUUCUGUCGGCCGUCACACAAGCUAUGAAACACGCCUUCAGAAGUCUCUCUGUGUCAGGUUUCAGAAUACCACCGAGGAGUGUCGGCGCAAUCCAGGGACAAGAGGUCGUCGAAGAAUUGACUUCCUCGCAAGAAUCAUCCAACGGCGACGCCAGCUCGGUCCCGGUUCGUCCUGGUAAACGAGCUCGCGAGAUCAUCGAGAUGCCCUCGAAGGAAGAGCGAAUUGCAUUUAUGUCGGAUAUGAGAAGUCCACUUGCGAAACGUCAGAGGGGAUGGUACAAAAUGAUUAGAGGACGACAGCCGAUUAAGAGGAUGCGCAGCCACGUGCCGACUUCGCCCAAGGGAGUGUCCGCGGAAAGGCAGGUUUUCAGUCAAGGAUCCCUGACGGCAGGCGAUACGGUCUUGCCGCUUCCUGCGAGAGCCCAUCAAUCUACAGAGUAACAAUGCUUCUUAUAUAAAAGAUCACAGACUUCUGUUCUAGAUCUAAUUCUCAUUGAAUUCAUAAGAUGUAUUGAUUCACAAGAUGCAUUAGAUAUUUUUAGUGCAGGAAAAUUCCAUCUAUUGAAUGACUCUUCUUAUACAUUUUUAUUAUACAUUUUUUAACUAUACAUAACAAAUCAUAAUUAUUUAGCAUUGUUGGCAAUAAAAAGUAAAACUUUUAUAAUUUCGAAAUUUGACACUUUAUAAUAUUCCAUUCUCUAAACAUGGCAUUAUUUCAACGACAAUCUAAGUUAGCAAUCAGUUAAUUAGUUUAGAAUAGGUUUCCAUUUUUCCGUAACGUUUUUUAAGAUCUGUGUAAAAGAUAAACUUAGGAAAGAUAGAUCUUUAGAUUAGAGAAAAAUCGAUAAAUACUGUUAAAUAAUCAAAUCAAAUUUCUUGUAGCAAACUGUGUGUAUUACUUAUUAUAUAUUUUAAUCAUGACAUGUAUUAAACUGUUAAAAUAAUUUGCUUAUUAUUUAUAAAAUUAAUUUACUUUAUAU